AUGGCUCCCAAGAUCGCUAUCGUCUACUACUCCAUGUACGGCCACAUCCGUACCCUGGCCGAGGCCGAGAAGGCCGGUAUCGAGAAGGCCGGCGGCACCGCCGACCUCUUCCAGAUCGCUGAGACCCUCCCUGAGGAGGUCCUCACCAAGAUGGGCGCUCCCCCCAAGCCCAGCGACAUCCCCGUCCUCGAGGACCCCUCCACCCUCGAGGCCUACGACGCCUUCCUCCUCGGCAUUCCAACCAGAUACGGCACCUUCCCCGCCCAGUGGAAGACCUUCUGGGACAAGACCGGCAAGCAAUGGAGCUCCGGUGGCUACUGGGGCAAGCUUGCCGGCCUCUUCAUUUCUACCGCCUCCCUCGGCGGCGGCCAGGAGUCCACUGCCAUCGCCGCCAUGUCCACCCUCGCCCACCACGGCAUUAUCUACGUCCCCUUCGGCUACGCCAAGGCCUUCCCCCUGAUGGCUGACCUCAGCGAGAUUCACGGCGGUGGUCCCUGGGGUGCCGGCACCUUCGCCGGCGCCGACGGCUCUCGCCAGCCCUCCGAGAAGGAGCUCGAGAUCGCCCGCAUCCAGGGCCAGUCCUUCUACGAGACCGUUGCCAAGCACGACGGUGCCAAGGUGGAGAACGGCACGACCAACGGUACCAACGGAGCGGACAAGCCGGCCCCGGUCAAGAAGGACCCGCCCGCGACGGAGAGCCGGGCGCCGAAGGAACUUGACGACAAGGACGUCAAGUCUGGACCGUGUGGACUGCCCAGCAAGUGUGUGGUGCAAUGA